ACGAUAUUGGGCGGAAAAGCUCCUUAGCCUUCCACAUUCGUUCAUAAUAUAAAUGUAUCUUUCCGAGCGAAUAUCCAUCAAACUUUUUAAAAAAUGAGUCUCCACCCUCCACUGCAAUCGGCUCAUCAAGAUGGCGUUUUUCGACCGUUGUUCACGCGGAAACUUUACGGUGAACCAAUCGGAGACUCGGAAAUCAAUCACGUGAUAUAAACAAACCGUGAUAUAAACUUUGAAAUUACCCAGAAUUACUGAAGUUACUAAGUUACUAAAAGUUAAUAACAUUAAUGCUAGCUACCGUUACCUGCGAGAAAAGAUUACGUAAAGAUUACGUAAUGCGUGUUGUGGGUAAACAAAAACUUAACUUUAUCUGAUCUUAUAGCAAAAGAACUCUACUUCGCUAAAGCUACGUUCCGCAAAAAAAUUAUUUCUUACAUGCAAAUUUCUUUUCUAGUUUCAGAAUCACCACAAGCAUGUUGCAUAAAAUAUCAACGCCAGUAUUACUAGCGAUCUUAUUGUAUAAUGGAUAUCAGUAUUACAAGCAAUGGCACUUGCAACAAACUGUUGAAAAUUACCGAUUGAAAAGAAAUCCUUCCAUUAAGGUUGAUCAUCAGAAGAAUUUGACAGCUGAACCUGAAAUAAUUAAAGUAACAGAUGAAAUGUACGUUGCAGUUGGUUAUGCCCUUGGGAACUCAAUUAUGUUGAUUGGUCCCACAGGAGUUGUGAUUAUUGAUACAACAGAAUCUUUGGUAGCUGCUAGACAAAUUGCAAAAGAAUUUCGUAAAAUAACCGAAAAGCCAGUGAAAGGUAUCAUUUAUACGCAUAAUCAUGCAGAUCACGUUUUAGGCACUGAAGCAUUCUUAGAGAACCACCCUGAUCGUGCAAGUGUUGAGGUCUGGGCGCAUCAUACUCUACCCCUUAACUUCUUUCACUUCAUGCGAGUAACAGGCAAAGCGGGAUACAUAAGAGCAAUGCAUCAAUUUGGAGCCUUACUAAAGACACAACAAAUUUCUUCUGGUAUUGGACACAAAUUAAAAUUAGAUAAUAUUGCCCCAACUUUCGUUUCUCCUAACAAAUUUCUGUACAAAGAAAAGCAGACAAUAAAAUUGGCUGGUAUAGAUAUAGCGCUGAUGCACGUUCCAGGAGAAACUGAUGAUACGAUUUGCGUUUACUGGCCUGAAAAGCAAGCCCUGCUUGGUACGGAUAACCUAUACAAGGCUUUUCCGAAUCUCUACGCAAUCAGAGGUACUACUUUUCGUAGCUUAAAGCAAUGGUAUGAAUCACUUGAUAAAAUGAGAGCAUUGCGACCAAAAUACUUUAUAAUGAGUCACCACAAGCCAUUGAUUGGAGAAGAUAUUGUAUAUACAAUAACCACGGAAUAUCGCGAUGCUGUGCAGUUAGUGCAUGACCAGACCGUCCGGUUUAUAAAUCAAGGAAUGCAUCCAGAUAAAAUUGCAGAAGCCAUCUCACUGCCGGAAACUCUUCGCAAGAAUCCUUACCUUAAAGAACUGUAUGGAACGGUUCGCUGGUCAUCGAAGGGAUUAUAUUCGGGCUACAUGGGAUGGUUUUCUGGAGACAUCAGCGAGCUUGAUCCUCUAACACCAAUCGAAAGAUCGAAGAGAUUGGUUUCCUUAGUUGGUGGAACUGAAAACGUUCUUAAAGCGUCUGAAAAGGCCUUAAAUGACGAUGAUCCGAAGUGGUCUCUUUAUUUAUCAUCCUCAGUAGUAAACACUGAACCAGAGAAUACCAAGGCAAAAGAAUUAAAAGCCAAAGCUCUUUUGGACAUGGCUGAGCUCCAAACAAGUUUCAAUGGUUAUAACUAUUACAAAACGGCGGCCUAUGUAACUUUAGGAACUCUAAAAAUUACACCGAACAAAGAUAAGUUUAAAGCUGCUGUUGAACAAUCAACAAUUACUGAGUUGUUUUACUUAAUGGCUUUGAAAUUUAAGACAGAAGAAUGCUCGUACUUGGACAAGAUAGUCUUGUUUGAAUUCUCGGACACAAAACAAAGAGUCAAGUUUCAUAUUCGUAACGGUGUAAUGGAUGUGAGUGGGAUUUAUAGAGAUGCUAAGGAAGACCUUAAAGUAACAAUUAACUCUGUUACGUGGAAAUCAAUUUUGACUGGUGAGAAGAGUGGCCUGCUCGCUGCUGUCACGUCAGAAAUCAUUGCCGAACCGGGUAUAUCAGAUCUGAGGGUAGUAAUGGAAUGUUUUGAUCGUAAUGUCUAGUAAGGAAAUGAAAUUAUAAACGUUACAAUUGUUUUCUGUUAGUUAACGAUCAUACAGUUAUGGUCAGAUAUAUCUUUUUUGGCAUAAAGCUUUAGGUACAUUAUUGUGAUUUUAAUGUGUCAGUUUUUCAAACAAUCUUCGAAAAAUAACAGUUGGAUAUACUCUUACAAAUUUAUAUAUAAUUAUUUUUUUACAUAGAAAUUUAUAUUGUUUUAAAUACAAUGUAAGUUUUCAAAGUUAGAAAGCAAUUGGAAAGCUUAUAAUAUUUAGAUAGAUAUAAAAUAAUUAUAUUGAUUUUAUGAAAACAAUAAUUUGAUAAUUUUUCAAAGCAUUUUUGGUGGAUCUGUGGCACACUUACCGUAUUUCCUUGAAUUAGUACCUCCCCUUAGAAAUAAACCUCAAUGUGUCAUAAUAUUUUAUUCAUCAUCCUCGUUGUUUAUAGUUAACCAUAAUAUCAGGGUUUUUUUCUCUUUAUGCUGUUCAGACAGAAAUAACGCUGUUCUCUUAUUUUUCUUCAACGCCACAUAUACAAUGCCAAUUCGACUUCUAGGUAUCUCUUUCCAGAAGUAUACGCUGUUGUUUUUGAGAAAGUGAAUUAGCACGGAGGAAAGUUCAAUCGAUCGGGUCAUGUCCUAAGUAUGGUCAAUAGAUUUGCAUAUUCCAACUGAAAAUUUACUGUAUUCUUUUUAGCCUUCUCCUCGUUUUUCGAUUUUUGAAAUAAACGUCCCCUUGAAUAAACGCCCCUCUUGUAACUCCGAUAAAUAAAUAAGUGCCCCGGGCGCUUACUCAAGGAAAUAUGGUAGUUCAUCUAUCCUACAUUGCACAAAUAUUUUUAGAUAAAUUUCACACCUCAAUGGGUAUCAGCAGGUAUCUCAUGGGCAUAAAAUAUUUUCUUAACAUUUAAGCAAAUAAAAAUAACUUUUCUAUUGCCAUAGAGCUAUGCAAGCAUUGUCUACUUCGGACACAGUUUGUUAACCUAAUAUGGCGAAAAAGUUCCAGAUUUGAAGUACUAUUUAAAGCACGCGUAGGAGUGUUUUAUCACAUAUAAAACACGACGCGUAGCGGAGUGUUUUAUAUGUGAUAAAACAUGACUACAAGUGCUUUAAAUAGCUUCAAAAACGACUCAUCUUAUACGAGUUCAUUGGUGAAGUAAUUUUUAAAAUAAACUUUUUCUAAACCGAGAAAAUCAAAGCUAAAGUUUAUGUAAAUUAACGUGAUUUUUAUCACAUAUAAAACCACGACACGCUUAUGAUUUUUCU